ACCUACUCAAAAUGUUCAGUGGACAUUUGCAGUCCAAAACUAACCAAAUGUAAUGUCUAAACAGUCGAACACGCAUUCCACUGGGUACAGGGUUGGGUUAAUCACAUGAGCACGUGCCCUUUUUAUGGUAAUGUUUUAGUUGUGAUAAUUCUGGGUUCUUCCUUUAUUUCUCAUACUAUGAGGAUAACAUUAAAUAGUGGGGAUGACGUUCUACCAGGUUCCAUUUUAGCUGCAUAGGCGAAACAACUCUGUCAGAUAUCGCAAAGAGUUUAUUUCCUGUAGAGGGAGCCAAAGUUUUUCAAACGGUUCCAGGACAUAUUUUAUGACAUUGACAUGCUUAUAAUAAAGUCUAAAAUAUCGUAUUACAUUCACUGCAGCACUUUAAAAAAUAUAUACGAUAAUUGUGCGUUAUUGAGGACCGUAUUUUUUCAUCUCUGAACACAAAACAUUCAGGGCUAGCUACUUCCUAAUAAUUCAGUAAGUCGCGGUAGCACAGGCACAUGUUCAGUACCAUUCCUGUAUCGUCCUUUAUGCUUAUAUUAAAACUGAAUAUCUUAGUAUUAUUCUGAACCACAUUCCCUUCGUUUCCAUGCACCGCUGGGUGACAUAAAUAGCCUGUGCUUCGCUACUGGCUGGCUGCUUUGACCCAUUUAUAGGAAUUACUGUGUUUAUCCCUGGGUCACAUGGAUUAUAGCUACUGUAUGAUAGUCUUAGCGAGACUGUCAUCAAAAAGGAGCCAUCGAACCAUUCAAGCCUUUAAUGAGCUAGCCUAUGUGCUUUGUUUUGUAGCAAAAUUGAACGACCAUUUAUAUUGAUCAAAGAUACUAUUUAACCAUGUGUGAAUCACUAUUUAAUAUAUUAUUUACAUAGUUUGUAUUUAUUAAAUUAUUUAUGACUUAUCGCUGACAUAUGCUACUUAUAUUACAUACUGCUAAAUGUUUCAAAUUGCACAUGCCUUCUCAAAAAUAUACGCAACAUGAAGAUAUCAGUGUUACUUUGCCCUGCCCACACAUCCCUAUGGUUACUGUAGCCCACGUGCUGUAUACGUCAACAAAGGCUUGUCAUUCGAAUGACAAAGUCAAGAAGCAGGAGCCGUCUUUAUUAAUAAAGUAGCCUACGCUGGGGGUAAGAAAGAAAAAAAGCGUUUUCUUGUCUUUUUUUCUCUAAAAGAGGGAUCGCUCUCUUCCUCUGAGUAUUCCUAUUUCCACUCAUCCUCUCCAGGGCGGCUGCCCUAUUUAGAAGCACCUUGGUGUGUUUAGUUUACGUGGGCUCACCCGGGCGAUUGACUGGCGCUUUCUUCCUUUACUCAUCAACUGUGCCCUGUCAGCCAGACCAUCAUGACUUAUGUAUGAACAUUGCACGGAUACAUUAAACGCUGUUGGAUACGCACGUAACCCGAGGAAUCAAGAAGUUCAUACCGAGUAGAACAUUGCAGAGUUGCAAAACCAUCUAUUAUCGCUGUCUUUGCCUCCUUGGCAAUCCUAUCCUACAUCCUUUAUGACAACAACAAAGAUGACAUGGCGGCCCCAGUAUCGCAAUUCCAAGUUCCGGCACGUGUUCGGGAAGCCCGCCACCAAGGAGAACUGCUACGAUGGUGUCCCCAUCACCAGGAGCGUCCAGGACAACAACUUCUGCGCAGUCAACCCGCUCUUCGUCGCCGUCAUCACGGAGUGUGCCGGGGGCGGAGCUUUCCUGGUCAUCACCAUUCGUCAUACCGGGAAGGUGGACCCGCACCACCCUCGCGUGUGCGGCCACAAGGGGAACGUGCUGGACAUCAAAUGGAACCCCUUCAAUGACUUCUGCAUUGCAUCCUGCUCUGAAGACACCACGGUGAAAAUCUGGGAUAUUCCGAAACAUGGUCUACUGAAGGAUAUCACAGUCCCCAGGAAGGAGCUGCAGGGCCACUCUCGUAGGGUGGCGCUCAUCGAGUGGCACCCCACCGCAAGCAACGUGCUCUUCAGCACGGCCUACGACUACAAGGUAAUGGUGUGGAACCUGGAUACUCCAGAGCAGGUGAUUAAAAACCCAGUGAAGACCAUCAGUGAGCAUACAGACCUGGUACUGUCCUUGUCCUUCAACACGGAGGGCAGCAAGCUGGCCACAUCCUGCAAGGACAAGAAGAUCCGCAUCAUCGACUCUCGCACUGGGAGACUCCUACAGGAGGCUAACACAAAGUCACACAAAGCCAGCAAGGUGUUCUUCCUCGGCAAUCUGAAAAUGCUCCUUUCAACAGGAAGCUCCCGGUGGAACCACAGGCAAAUAGCUCUCUGGGAUCAGGAGGACCUGUCUGUGCCUUUGGUAGAAGAGGACUUGGAUGGUUCCUCGGGUGUUUUAUUCCCCUUCUAUGACCCUGACACUCACAUGCUGUACCUGGCCGGGAAGGGUGACGGUAAUAUCAGGUACUAUGAGAUCAGCUCAGAGAAACCCUAUGUGCAGUUCCUUAACGAACAUCGUUCCACCCUUCCGCAGAAGGGAAUGGGCAUCAUGCCAAAGCGAGGGCUGGACGUGUGCUCCUGCGAAGUUUUCCGAUUUUACAGGCUGGUGACAAUCAAGAGCCUCAUCGAGCCGCUCUCCCUGAUCGUCCCACGCAGGUCGGAAUCAUACCAGGAGGACAUCUAUCCCAUGACCGCGGGGGACAGGCCAGCGAUGACCGCAGGGGAAUGGCUCAUGGGGAUGGAGAAAGGCCCUGUUUUGAUGUCUCUGAAGCCUGGGAGUAGAUUACCAGACAUCUACCCAGAGGAGGACCUGGACGGGUCCCUGGAUGGGACCCACUACCAGACCCAUGCCGGCCUGGUGGAGCUCAGUCCCCUGGAGAGCCAGGACGGAAAGGGGCCAAACAGCUUCAACGCCCUGUCUAAAGAAGACCGACCCCAGGGCACCAUCUGGACAACCACGUCCAAUGGAUGCGAGGUCAUGCAGGUGGCUUCAACGCCUAAAACUGAGAAUGAGCUCCGACAGGUGUUCUUCCAGCAGCAGAACGAGAUCCGUCGGCUUAUGGACCUGCUGACCCAGAGAGAUGUGCGGAUUAAACAGUUAGAACUGGAGAUCAACAACGUGAAGAACUCCAUGAGGAGCUCUCUCUGACACCCGCCUGGACGCUCCCUGCACCUCCCGGUGGGACCCUCUGAGUGAAUGUAACUCCAGGGCUACAUGGUGCACCUUAUUUCCAGUUAUGUAAAUAGCUUUGAAUUCAGAAUCUUCCUCCAGAGAUGGGCACUGAUUUUUUAUGUUAAUUGACGGAUUCUAAAGGGCACCUAGGGCUUUUAAAAAAUAUAUUUUUCAAAAAUGUUUAGCUUGAAGAUUAUCUACUGCAGCAUGUACUUUUUAUUGGAACAUUUAAUGCAUUUUCCUUUGUACAUAGUCUAUAAAUAUUUAAAAUGGGCCCUAAAGGAAAAGGCUUUGGCCCCUGACAGGCAAAUAACUGACCAAUAUGCUGUCCCUGAGUUUUAUUUCUCAUUGAACCACCCCAGGUGCCUUUUAACUCUCCCAUCUGUCUGUUCAUUUCGGCGAUGUUAAGAGACAUGCAAAUUGUGUUUUUAAAUGUUGUUUUAUUAAAAAUGUAUAUGUGCCUGUCUUUAAUGGAUGAUAUGGGUGUUCGCUCGUCAAAGUCUAGGACAGAGGAGCCAACCUCCUGUGUGUGAUUGUUGAAAACACUGAACUUAAUUGUUUAUUUUUUAAGUUGUUUUCUCCCAGUUUUGAAUGUCCAGUCAAUUGUUUUAGUGGACAUUGCAGCAACUCCUUUGUCAGUCUGGAAGAAGGCAGACUAGCUCCUAAAAACAAUGUUAGACGAUGUAUGGCCAAUUAUGCACCAUCCUGUGGGGCUGCUGUACUGUCUACCAUGGCGCAGUCCAGUUUCCUUAUCAGUGGGCCAUGUUAAUUUAUGUGACUUAUUUUAUAUAUUUAAACUAUUGUAAAAUUAUGUUAUUCCAAAACCUGCAUCAAAAGAAGUGCUUUAUACUUUAUAAUUAUUGAUAGAACUAGUUGAGUUGGUUGGUUUGGUUGGUGAAACUCUUGACAAUGAAGCACCUAAAAGGUUUUUGUUGUAUGGUUCUGUGAGAUCUCAUUUAAACCAGCAGCAGUCUUUUGACUGCUUUUUCCAUUGUUACUUCUGACUGCCAAUUUGAAAUCCAGUCCAAGGAGGGAUUAUAGUCUCAAUUAAGUCUUUGUACCUUAGUUACAUUUGUUUCAGUUUAUUUCCUUCGGUUAUAUUUUUAUAUUUCAGAAAAGGAAACUCUCUAAAUCGCCAAAUGAAUAAUUGUGAAGAAUAUUUCAUAUCAUGUUUCCCUGAGAGACCAGGCUGUAGCUGUCAAACCAAAGAGCUAGAUGCUGUACAGCCCACACUGUUCUUCACUAAACUACCCAGAAUCCUUUGCCUCACACAACUACCAGUGCGACAAUUCCUAUGCUUUUACUUUGCAGUGAGGAACUAUUUGGUCUAGUUGUAAGUCCUUGGCACAGUUUGUGUUCCCAAUUACUGAAUACACAUCGCUGUCAGUGGGUUAAAAGUUUAGAACCAUUAUCAUUUAUCACAAUCUUUUAGGGCAAAUUAAAGAACAAUUUAAAUCUGCACUCACCAGUAAUUCAGGAUAACAUUCACCAUGGUUCACUUUAAUCUGCACGGUUGCGUUGCUUUGCACAGUCAACUCUGUUUUUGCACUUAAUGUUAAUAGUGAUAAAUUACAUUUGUAUAGCAUUUUCUGCAGUGCAGGCUCAGAGACCACAAGGUAAACUGAGCAGUUUGAGAUAUUACUCAUCUAUUAACGUUGUGCUUGAUGAAAAUUCUGGAAAACUGUGCCUAAAACUGGAAAUCCAUUCUUUUUAAUAAAACGUUCCUAAUUGGAGCACUGUAGCAGAAGCUUUGUGCUCAGCGCGCAUUCCUGAACUCAGGAUCUGUCCAUGUUGUAUUCCGCCCUCUCUAAAAACACAGGAACAAAUAAUGCACACAAAUGCACUGUAGAGAGAGAACAUAUACAUGUCUUUUCUUUUUUUAAACCAACAGACUGUUCAAAUGUAACAUUGAAAGGGUUUUCAGUUUUGUUAUCAGGUAUUUUGUAUGUUGUACUUUUUCAAAUCUCCCCUUAUUAGUGUUUGUGGUAUCAGGGUUGUCAUUUAGCAUGUUGGUGCACUCCACCUAUGUGUGAUCUAGCUGUACUGCAAUGGCAUGGGUCCAAAAUCUCAAGACAUCCCAUUGUCAUCGCCAUCCACAUUGUUUCAUUUACAUCUCCCUCUGAGCUCAAGAGUUAUUCGAUGGGAUACAAUUAAUGUGUGCUUUUAAAGUACAAUUACCGUUUAUAACAUUGUAUUUCCUGUUGACAACUGCUAAACAAAUAUACCAAUUAGAAUUAGGAGAUGUGUGCUGUAAUCUCGUGCUGGUCUACUGCAAAGCCGGCCGAUGCUUUAAACAGUAGGCUUUGUUUUUUUAAACAGGGCUAAUACAAUAAAAAAAGACCAAAACACUUAUGUCAUGGUUGUAAAUUCAUACCAGUGACCUAAUUAUAGGUGCAGUAUUUACUCACAAUACGGUCUGCGGUUUGGGAAUAAUUACCAUUUCAGUCUUUUUAUUGAGUAAUCCACAUAAACACAUGAAAAACUGCAGGAGGAAUUUGCUUAUUAUUGUACGGCAAUAAAAGCCUGGUGUUUCUGUGCCUAUAAAAGCGGUUUCAUAUUUUUUACUGUAUUGUGAUCUCAACCAUUCUGCAUGUUGCAACACAGAGAUAUGUGAAAAGAUAUUAUCUUUAACGGAAUUGUUUUUUAAAACUCGUAAAAACAAUGGGACGUAGCAAUUAAAAAUACUUCAGAUUCAAA